AUGGGUUUGGAUCUAUGGUUGUAUAACCUCAUGGAUCCCGCAGAAGAGAGAAGAGAUAGUAAGAGGCAACAGGAGUACUUAAACCACCUGGGAAACGUGGCCGAUUCGGAAUAUGGGAUGCCCAGAAGAUGUGCUUAUGGUGGGAGAAUGAUUGACGAGCUUCGAGUCAAAGAUGAGUUCGACACUCAGCCUGGGAAGCGCUUCUUCAGCUGCGUAAACUACGAGGCUGAUGGGUUUCAUUAUCGUCAGCCUUGGGUUAUAGGUGUGCGGGAGGAGAUCGUAAGCCUGCGUAAGCGUGUUGAGGAGGCUGAUGAGGUGAUCAAGUGGGUGCCCAUUCUUAAUAAACAGAUUGAGAGUGUUGAGGCACAAGUUAAAAGGGCUGACUUUGCUGCUUGAUAAGCUCACUGGUGAUGUGUAUAACCUCACAGUGCAGGUGGUUGCUCUGGAGAAUGUCUGUUUCGACUGAAAUCGAACAGGUAAA